AUGCGUGCGCCGCUCAGUCCCGCGGCCUUUAUCCUCCUCAUUGUUUAUCCACCCCCGGUACUUUCCAGCCCACAAGAGGCUGGGUACUAUGCUGAAGAUGGUUAUCAUGACGACAUACUUGAUGUAGUUGAUAAGCAGUCUAUGUGUCCUACUGAUAGAGUGUUAAGAUCUCGAGAGACAUGCAAGGUGGGAGGAGCGGAUGUACAGUGUAUACGACUGCAUUGCUGCGAGUCGCACAAUUUUAUCGCUGGAAGGUGUAUACCGAAAUCAGUGGAUCCAUGCAGCUUGCGGCUAUGUGAACAGGCUUGCGAAGUCAGAGAGGACCGUAUGUGGUGCACUUGUCAUCCGGGAUUUAUGUUCAGUGAAGACAACUAUAGGAGGAAACGACAGCCCUACUGCAUUGAUAUAGACGAAUGUGUAGACAACAAGCCAGGUUGUGAACAUAGAUGUAUAAACGAUCCUGGCGGUUACCACUGCGAAUGUGCACCGCCCUAUUCUGUCGCUCCAGAUGGGAGGAAAUGUAUUCCGCAGAUCGCCGUCGCAGCCCCCGAGCCCCUUCCCCUCGUUCGGGCAGCAUCUCGAUGUUACGCUCCGUGUGACACGGUAUCUUGGCUAUCGAGGAAAGUUAAGCAGCUCAAUGACCAGCUUCAUGCCACGCAAUCUGCCCUGAGGAAACUGCUGGACAACCCAGUUAUAAAGGGAGAUGAUGACGAUAGAUUCGCUGAAGGUACAAGAUCUUACAGAGUGCUGGACGCAACUGCUCCGCUAGAGGGCGGGUAUUGUCGAUGCGAAAGAGGACCUAGGGGCCCACCUGGACCUCCAGGGAUGGACGGCGCGAAAGGGGACGAGGGCCCGCGAGGCCCACGAGGUGCUAGAGGACCUAAGGGCUCAAUGGACCUAAUGCUACUUCUACUUGCCGACAUAAGGCACGAUAUACGCAAUUUAGAAGCCAGAGUGUACAAAGAUGGGGAGAAGCCAGAACGUUUUAAUCUCCAAAAAGCUUGGCGACAACAAAAAAAGCAAGAAAAAUGGGAGCGAGAGAAUGGCACCCAACACUUGGAGGCGUACACAGCGCCAUCUAUUUUGGGGCCCGAAGGAGAUGUUGAAAUUAAUACACAUGGUCGAACCGGGGAAAUACCACGCGACACAACAACGGCCUGGUCAGUAUCUAGCGCCAGUACCGAAGUAAGUGAACUUGCUGAAAUGGACGAAAAACUACGCCAAUUCCACAAAUUAGCCAGCGCCACUAGCCCAGACGAUGAAGACGUGGAUACCGACUAUGAAUAUAGCUUUUAUUGA